GAGGAGGCCGCGAAACUCCGGAAAUGCGCCCGGGAGCGCGAGGCCUCCAAUCGAGCUCAGAUUGAGAACCUGUCCGCGGCCGUGGCCUCCGGCGAGGUCGUGGACCCGCUGGACCUGUUCAGACGGUGCGCAGGCAUCGUGGCCGCAUGCACUGCUGCCAAGUCGUGCUACGUGGCCCUCGUGGUCGACAAAGAGGAGCCGGAGCCGGAGCUGGAAGAGGACGACGUGGAGUCCGACGACGAAGCCGACAGGCUCGUUCCUCCACCGGCAACACCCUCACCGGAUGGAGAUGAGGUUCCACAAGAGGAGAGCGGAGAGAAGGGAGGAGCUCCUACGGAUGUCAAGGGAAACGAAGUUUUGAAAUUCGACUAUUCAAAAGUGUUCCUGGAGUAUGUUGUGGGAAGCCCCGAGCAAGACUUCUUCAACAAGGGUGAUUUCGAGCUGCGCAGGCCUUCCAGAGGCGAGGAUGAAGAAGCUGAUGCGGGGGAAGACGCCUCAAGCGCGCCAUUGCCCCCGACGUUGCGCAUGCUGGACGACCAGCGACCGUCCCUGUACAUUGCGUCCUGCAUCGCGGAGCGCCACCUGGUCUACUUGCGGAAAUUUCCCAUGAUUGGUUCCUACUUCGCCUGCGCCGUGAGAUCGAGCAAUGGAGAGUACAAGGCAAUGCUGUGUGCGGACACGCUGGCGCCCCCCGGAAAUGGCGGGCAGAUACCUGAG